GAAGUGAACGGAGGUCAGGCUUGGUUUUCAAGAUGGCGUCCCUCAUGGCGCUGGUAUCCGGCUGUGGGCGGCUGCUCCGAGGGCGCCUGGAGGUCCCACUCACUACCAGUUGUGCUCGACUUCCAGCUCGCGGAUUCAGGGAAGUGGUGGAGAUCCAAGAAGGGAAGACAACUAUAAUUGAAGGCCGUAUCACAGGAACUCCCAAGGAGAGUCCACAUCCCCCAAACCCCUCAGGCCAGUGCCCCAUCUGCCGUUGGAACUUAAAGCACAAGUAUACCUAUGAGGAUGUUCUGUUACUCAGCCAGUUUAUCCGGCCUCAUGGAGGCAUGCUGCCCCGAAAAAUCACAGGCCUUUGCCAGGAAGAACACCGCAAGAUUGAGGAGUGUGUGAAGAUGGCCCACCGAGCAGGUCUGCUCCCAAAUCAUAGGCCUCGGCUUCCUGAAGGAUUUGUUCCGAAGAGCAAACCCCAACUCAACCGCUACCUGACCCGCUGGUCUCCCCGCUCUGUCAAGCCCAUCUACAAGAAAGGCCCCCGCUGGAACAAGGUGGGCAUGGCUGUGGGGUCUCCGCUCCUGAAGGACAAUGUCUGCUACUCAAGAACGCCUUUGAAUUUCUAUCAUUGACUGAGAGCCAGGUUUCCUAAGAGUCUGGCCAGAGCACCUCCUGCACCUCUGCUGGGGAGCAGCAGCAAGCCAGCUAGGAGCCCUUACAGCUCUUCUGCCCAUCCCACCACAGGAUGGCCUGGCCUCUGCAACACAAACGGCACGAGGGUAGCGGGCCUAACUUCAGUACUCUUGGCCCCAGCUACAGUGCUGGGAGCUAGGGGCAGGCAAGUUGGGACCCUUGGCAGUUGCUGUGAUUUCAUGACUGGCUUGGGUGAUGCUCAGUGCUGGGGAACAGUUUUGCCAUAAACCAGGCCCCAUGGACUUA